GAUAAACAAACCCCGUCCUGCGUGGCUCUGUGGACCCUUAAACUACUAACGUUACCCCUCUCGGUGUCGGUACACAUUUUGUUAAACUGUUCGUGAAAGUAGCUCGGUUAAAAGAGGAAGACUUGACUGAUGAAACGUUAAAUAUGAAGCUUUGAGUGAGUCCGCUAACAGUGACCUGGUGUGAUAAUUGCAUGCUGCAUGUCUUCUAAACACCCAUCACACCCUUGCAUAACUUUUUUCGAUAUGCAUAUGUCCAGCCAUUCCUUGCAUGUUGUGCUGUGACUGUGUGGCAUCAUGAGGAAAGACAGGGAUAACCCUCUGGCACUGUCAUCCAAGAAACCAUGCCAGGGCCAGACCGACUUUGGACGAGAGCUAGAGAGGCUGCGUGCUGAACUGGAGCUAGAGAAAAUCCGAACACAGCAGGCCCAUGGACUCUUCUGUGUGGAGCUCAGGCACCUACGGGAAGAAGCAGAGAAGGAACAGCAGAGGGUUGUGAGGGAUCUGACGGUUCAGCGAGGGUGCCAAACGUAUGGGCACUCUAACAGACUCUGGAGUCUGCUGGCUAAAGAGCUGAAUGUUCAAGACAUUGGACAGUACACUGAGUCCACAGGGAAAGAAGCUUUUUGUUUGUACGGUGGAGAAACAUACUCAAAGCUGGAGCAGUUGCUGCUGUUGCUGUGUGAGAAGAUAAACAAUGAGCAGGCAGGACGUAAAUUGCAUCACAGGCAGGAAUUUGAGCUACAGAAGGCCAUCUUUCUCUGCCACCUGCUAGAGGCCCAUGUUCGACUGUUGCAGGGGAAGAAAAGAGCAGGACACUCCAGAACACCAACUCAGGCAGAGAGCUGUAAUCUUCUCCAGAAAAAGCCUCUCCUGACCUGGUCCAGGGCUCGGCAGCAAAAAUCCCAGAGUGUUUCAAACUUUCCAAAGAAGAAAACAAAACAUGAUCAGCGAAGGCAGCCUUUAGGGAGGGCGCCCAGUGCAGCUGACCCCUGCACCACCGCUGCAGUCCUGGACACUUGUCAGAGCAGCUCUCUGAAAAGUUGUCACAUACCCGACACUCCCCAUGCAGGCUGGGACGGCCAGCCCCCCCACUGUUCUGAGUCCUCUGGGUCACACAGGUCACCGCCCUCCAAAUGCAUGGACAGCAACAUGGAGAAUGGCACUGACUACGGGUUCCUGGUGCGUCAGAACUCUGAGCUCCUGCGAGCCCUGGAUGAUUUGGAGAAGACUUGUUCCACACUGAGGGAGGAGAAUGGCCUGCUGAGGAAGAGCAGCGCCCCAGAGACCGAGGAGAAGGUCAGGCGGCUGCGGAGAAAGAACACAGAGCUGGCUGUUCUCGCUAAGAGGCUGGAAGACAGGGCGAGAAAACUGCAGGAGGCCAACCUCAGAGUGGUCAAUUCCCCGUCACUGAUGAGGCCCGGGUCGGUGGAGCAGUACAAGAGGGCGUUUGCCCGGCAGAGAGCUCGUGACCUUGCCCAGCACGCCGAUGUACUGCUGUCAAAAGACAAAGAGAUUGCUGCCCUACAGCAAGAAAACAGAGAGCUGGAGGCAGGGCUCGGCACCACGAAGGGCUCCCCUGUUUCAGCUUGCAGGGAGGAAUUCGAGAGGCUUCUGAGGGAAUCUCAGAGGGAGGUGCUGCGGCUCCAGAGACAGUUGUCCGUCACCUCAACCACACAGCAGAACAACCAAAGUCCUCCUGACCCCGGUGGACCAGAGAGGAGUGAUGACAUUAAGGAGGAAGAGUUGGAGGGGGAAGAGAAGAAAGAGGUUGAAGCACAGGUUGCAGGAGAGACCCCGUGUGUGGUGUUAGAUGAAGCUCCAUCCAGGUGUGAGAGGACUCCCGGCGAGGAGGAGGAGUCGGGGCUGCAAGUGACGCCCCAACCGGGCCUCAGCCCGACCCCCUCCCAUCAGGAGGACCACACAGAGGAGCAUCACCUACAGUUUCUGGAAAGUGAGCUGAGUAAGAAGAGAAAAGAAUGUGAAAACCUCGAGCAUGAAGUAAAGAAGCGUCAGAAGAGAUGUCUGGAUUUGGAGAGCCAGCUUGAGGAUGAGCGAAGCAAAAAUGAGCAACUGAAGGAGGAGGCAGAUCUCCUCAGGAGGAAGGCACUGCUGAUCGACCAGACUCGGGCUGAGAAUGAGGAGCUGAGGGAAGAUCUCUCUGAAGUGACCGCUCAACACAAUUCAGUUCUCGAGGAGAACCAGAGACUCCGUGCCAAACUGGAGAACCUAGAGCAGGUCCUAAAGCAUAUGCGUGAGGUCGCUGAGCGAAGGCAGCAGUUGGAAUUGGAACAUGAGCAGGCACUGGCUAUCCUUAAGUUCAAACAGGAUGAGAUCAAACGCUUACAGCGGGCUCAGUUAUUUGCCAAGCGGGAGCAUGAGGGAGUGGUUCAGAUGCUUGAGGAGUUGACUGAGCUUGUGUUGCGGAGGGAGCUGUCAAAGGUGCGCGAGCUGGAGGAGAAAUGCCGCAGUCAGAGCGAACAGUUUGGCCUGCUGUCCCAAGAGCUGGAGAAGUUUCGACUGCAGGCAUCGAAGGUGGACCUGGCCAGCUGUAGCAUCCUCAACAACCCCAGCAUCUCUAUUCUGACCAAUGGGGUGGGCCUGACUACAGAACGAGAUGUGGCAGCUGCACUGCGGAUGGGGGCCACCCCCCAUGCUGCAGGGCUGUCCAGGGUGGAGCGCUCGCCCGUCACCAAGCACAGAGAGCUGCCCACCAUCAGCGUUAGCAAGUCAGGCUCCACCUCCAGCAAGUCAGAGACCACACACCUCACCCCCAAGUCUGACACCCAUCUCAGCCCGCACAAAUCAAGCCCAACGCACGAGGUGGACACUGCCAGUGAAGUGGAGGAGCUGGACAUCGACAUGGCGCCAGCUCCUUACACAGCCAGCAGAGGAGCGGCAAAGCUUCAGGUUUUCAUCGCAAGAUACAGCUAUAAUCCAUAUGAUGGUCCCAAUGACAACCCUGAAGUGGAGCUUCCUCUCACUGCUGGAGAAUACAUCUACGUGUACGGAGACAUGGACGAUGAUGGCUUCUAUGAAGGUGAGCUCAUGGACGGUCGGAGAGGGCUGGUCCCCUCUAACUUUGUGGAACGUGUGUCAGACGACGAUGUGAUGAGCGGCGCCCACCACACAGAGACAGGAGACGCUACUCACAACUCCCUGCUAGACAGCAGCCUGCACAGUGCCAGCCACCAGCAUCACCUCCACCUGGGCGUCAGCGCCUCAGGAAGAACAGAGGCCCAUACUCCCUCUGGCCCUGCCUCAGCCCCCUCAGACUCAGCAUCGGCCUUGGCUGUCCCAGCCCCCCUCACUAACGGCCUGGACUUGGAUUUGGAGGAGGUGGGAGUGGACGUUGUGCCUUACCCACGAAAACUCACCCUCAUAAAGCAGCUUGCCAAGAGCAUCAUCAUUGGCUGGGACCCUCCGCUGGUGCCGGCUGGGUGGGGCAAUGUGUGGAGCUAUAAUGUGUAUGUGGACCAGGAGUUGAGGCUCAAUGUGCCCUUCGGUUCCCAGACCAAAGCAGUGCUUGAGCGGCUGGACAUAAACCUCAAGGCCUACCGUGUGUCAGUGCAGAGCCUGACGGAGAAGGGCCUCUCAGACCAGCUGCGCUGCAGCAUGCUGGUGGGUCGGGACGUUUGUGUGGCGCCCACGCAGUUGCGUGUGGAAAGGAUAACUGCCACCUCUGCCAACCUGACCUGGCUGCCCAGUAACAGUAACUAUGUGCACAUUGUGUCCUUGAAUGAGGAGGAGUGUGAGCUGGUGAAGGCUGGCUGCUACUCGCUGUGCCUCAAUAACCUCUUGCCGAGCCUGCAGUACACAGUCAAAGUGGAGGCGCGGCCGCACCGCACGCCAUGGGAGCUACCUGUGGAGCGACGUGAACACAGAAGCGCUACAGUCACCUUCAACACGCUGAUGGCAGGCCCCCCUGAUGCUCCUUUGGACUUGCAGCUGGAGCAGGGACCCUCCCCUGGGAUCGCUCUUGUCAGCUGGCUGCCGGUCACUAUAGAUGCUGCUGGGACCUCCAAUGGAGUGCGUGUAACUGGAUACACUAUUUAUGCUGACAGGAAAAAGGUGCUGGAGGUGUCUUCCCCAACAGCCGGCAGUGCCCUGCUGGGCCCCUCUCAGAUUCAGUCUCUGCAGGCAGCUCAGGAUCUCACUGUCCGCACAAUGUCUGCCCAUGGGGAGUCCUGUGACUCUAUGCCUGUCAAUGUGCCCUCUAAGCUGGCUGCCAUCAUGUCAGGUCCAGCCGUCAUCACCCCAGUCGUGCCACCCCUACCCUGCACCCCUGCAGGCUGUAGCAACCUGCCCCCUCCGCCGUCCUACGGGAACUCUGCUGCCAAAGUCUCUGUGCUGCCCAGCUCUAUGCCAUCAGACUCUUAUUACUCAGGCCUCGUCAUAGAGGCUGAUGCCAACCCUCCUAAUGCUCUCCACUCAGAAGAUCGUCUCUUAUACGCCUCUUAUGUGAGGGCCUGGGCCAACCCGUCUUCUGCUGCUGCCUUGGCUGCGUGUGAGGCCUCAUUACCAAUGGCCUCCACCAUUACUUCCAUGGUUCAUGUGACCUCCCCCAUCACCUCAGCGCCUCCACCAUGUCCAGUAGCAGCACCUACUGCUCCUGCACCAUCAGCAGUAACAGAAGCAGCAGUAGCGUUGCAGCAGCGCAGAGACACUGACAGCCCUGGAACAAUACGCCCUUUCCCUUCCAUCACAGAGUUCAUUGAGGACCCCAGUGCCAAGCUCGAGAUCCCUGAGCGCAUCCCCACUCCGCCCAAAGCCCCCAUCACAGACCUCCUUAACCCUCAGGACACUAACCUCCACCGACGCCCUGUUUCACCGCUGGAGUCCGAGGCAGAGGAGGAGCGAGAGAAUACCCGUCUGGUGUCCAUGGAAGACUUCUUACAACAGGACCAGGAGCCAGAGUUCUGCAGCAGGCAGCAGGAUUACAGCAGAGGGCUCGUGGAGCCUCCCAGUGACUACAAUGCAGACAACAGCCGCUCUGAUCUGUCGGACAUCUUGGAGGAGGAGGAGGAGGACCUGUUGUCCGACCACCUUGGAGAAGUACAGGCCAGGGGUUACACUUGUGCAGCUAGAAGGUCACGUAAAGUGGACACUCCCAACAGUGAUGAGGAGGUUCUUGAGAGGAUCCUUAAGUUGCCUCCUCAGGUGAUCCACAACAAGCAUCUGUUCAGCAUCCCCGAGGUGAUCGAGGAGGACGAUGGCAGUCAAGAAGAGCCUUUAAGCCACUACAGUCAGCCUCGGACACGGCCCGGCUACCUUCACCCCAGAGACUCGGAACGCCUCCACCAUGCCCCCCAGCAACACCUGUAUCACCCUAACCCACACUCACAUGUCCCCCCUACCCAUCAUCACUUUAACAGGGACCCCAGGUCUCUAGCCAAAGAGCCUUCACUAAGACAGGGACCCCUGCAGGUCAAGCCUAAAACACAGCAUAGAGUGCACUACGCAGACACAGUUGACACCAUCAGCUAUCCCGGACAAGAAGAUGAGAAUUUAUACGAGGGUCAAACCAGCAGUAGGGUCUCAACCCGCCGUCCUCCCCAGUUGAACCCCACCAGCAAAGCACUGCUCAGAGGGCUAGGGGACCGCCUUAGGAGGGAGGCCAUGCUCAGGAGUCAGAAGGCUGUGGCUGCAGCAGCCAACCCUGGCUAUGGUCCUACCCAGCCAAGACCCUACCCGGUCAGCAAAACCGUACGGACUGUGAGGUCACCUGUUGGUCGCGAGGUGGAGAUUGACGUGGAGUACGGCACAGACGACAAUGAGGGGCCUUCGCAGUACCCUCCUGGGGAGGUGGUGGUGGAGCAGAUGAGUGCUGAGUGGUGGGUAGAGGGGGCUAAUGUGGAGCACUGCAGACUUCCUCUCCGCCGAGGCCUGAAGGCAGAUCUCCCGGAGCCCAGCCAAAUGCCUCCAGCUGAGGCGGGUCCAUCGUGGGGAGUCCAGGCUGAAGCAGGGUGCUCGCAGUCCAGGCAACCCAGAGGUGGUGUUGAUUCAACAAAGACAAAAGCGGACAGCGACAUACGGAUCUUUGUAGCCCUCUUCCCUUACAAUCCUUCGACCAUGUCUCCCAAUCCCGAUGCUGCUGAGGAGGAGCUGCCCUUCACCGAAGGACAGAUCAUCAAAGUUUUUGGAGAUAAAGACCCAGACGGGUUCUACCGAGGAGAGUCUGGUGGUCGCCUGGGCUUUGUGCCGUGUAACAUGGUGUCUGAGAUCCAGGUGGAGGACGAGGAGACGCGGCAGCAGCUACUGCAGCAGGGCUUCUUGUCCACCGCUGCCUCCAUGGACAAGAUAGGCACUCGCACACACGCACAGCUUCCGCGUCGCCCUGUUCCACCGCCGAAACCGAGACGAUCCAAGAAAGUGGAGUCUGCAGCGCUGUGGGAGGAGAGUUUAGACUCGGACAGCCAAGAUCCCAGUCAGGCUCCUGCCCCUGCUGCACCUGCAGCUGCAGGAAACCCCACCCCAGGGGCUCGCAGGAUGGUCGCCAUCUUUGAUUAUGAUCCACGGGAGAGCUCCCCCAACACUGACGUCGAGGCCGAGCUGACCUUCAGUGCUGGUGACAUCAUACAUGUGUUUGGUGACAUGGACGAAGAUGGUUUCUUUUACGGAGACUUGAAUGGACAAAGAGGUUUAGUCCCCUCUAACUUCCUGCAGGCCGUCCCAGAAGACGCUCCAGCAGAGCUAGUCUCUGCUCAGCCUGCACCAGAACCCAAGAAAGAGGCACAGGAGACCUGCACGUCGUCUUCAGAGCCACCAGAUCCUGGGCCCCCUCUGAAAGAGGAGGCUCCGCCCCCCCAAACAGAUCCCUCUUUUCCUGAAACAACUGCACGCACAGACCUACCUUCCAAACCGACGACCCUGACUGACAGCCCCCCGUCGGACCUGGGCCCAGCUCCAGGUCCGGCUCUUCCAGGUCCGACUGCAGCGGAGGCCUGCUGCCCCCCAUCAGCCCCCCUCCCAGCAGACAGCCUGACACAGACAGACUGCUCUGCCCAAGGCAAGAAGAAGAAAAGCUUUUUCUCCAAAGGCAAGAAGCUGUUUAAAAAACUGGGAUCCAGCAAGAAAGAAUGAGGCUCAAAGUACUCGCAUCACACUGAAAGCACUUUUUCUGUCACUCUCACGCGGUAGUCUGUGCGGUUAGCAGCUAUCACAUCUAAUUACUGAUGCUUUAGAAAUAGUACUUUUGCCUUAGAGCACCUGCUAGACCAGCUGAUGCAUUUAGAGUAUGUUCAAACGUUAAGAUGCAGCUUACUGCACCACAAGAGCAUGUGUGAAAGCAUGUUUAGGUGUGCAAACAUAUUCUCUGAAUACUUCCUAAUUAUCUAAGCAUUUACAAACUCUCUGCUCAGUGUCGGCUUUAAUGCUGAAUAUGAAACAUUAAUGAACUGGAUCAGGGUUAUUUGGAGCUCUCUGUUAGAGAAGGAGAUAGAAGAGCAGAGCAGACGAGGCUAAUACGACAUUAGCUUUAAUGUUCAUGUACUGGUGCCACUUUAUUCAUUCGAGCAUCUCUUCCUCUGUGGGACUUAAACAAAUGCACUAACCAUCCUGAUUGGAUGUUUUUUUAGAUAUCUGUCCGCUUGUCCCUCACAUGUUUUCUCCUCUUCAGAAGUAUUUAUACGUGACUUUGUACAGUUAUUUAUGUGUGUUAGACUCCUACCUGACCAUGGCCACGAUGCAUGAAGUGACAUCAUGGCAGAUUAGUCAUCAUCAUCAUCCUCUUUGAUGUGUGCUCGUUAGAUCUGAUCUAAGUUUGUAGUUGGAGGUUCACAGUGGACUCUGAAUGUGAAGGUGUGACCUUCUCUGAGGUGUGUGUGUGUGUGUGUGUGUGUGUGUGUGUGUGUGUGUGUGUGUGUGUGUGUGUGUGUGUGUGUGUGUGUGUGUGUGUGUGUGUGUGUGUGUGUGUGUGUGUGUGUGUGUGAAGCCGCCCGGUCCACUGGUGAACAGAGGCAUUAACAGGAACUCUUCAUGUUUGUGACAACACUCACAGCCAGCCUGACGAUUCAAUAUAAAGUAUUUUCUGAGUGUGUGGGAUAGAUAGAGGAAUGCUGUGUACUCUGUAGGCUAAUCUGCUAGCUAAUGAGGCUGCAACUGAUGACUCAACGAAAAUCCUAUAUAAUUCUUUCAAUCAAUCAUUCAAAAAACGCUGAUCAUCACAGUAUGUAAAAGUUAUCUCUGUAUCGUCAGAGCAUCAAUGGAUUUAAUUUACGCUGACGUAAGACUUGGAAGCAACAUGACAGACGUUAAUAAUGUCACUGCUAUUAUUAUUCUUUUAUGUUUCUCUUUGAAGUAAAAUGCUGUCGGAUUUGGACGUAAAGCUCCUAAAAAGACUUUGGGCUAUAACUUUGAUUUAGCUAGCAGCAGCUCCUGUGUGCACUGUAUCAUGAUUGUAUGGCCACUUCUGCAGCUCUUAUUUCCUGGAUUUCAUGUUUGUAUGUGUUUGACCUCUGAGAUUAUGACGAGCUCUGGAUUAGGCAGCCUGAUGCUAAACGUGCAACUUGAUCAUAACCGUGCAACUUGAUGCUAAACGUGCAACUUGAUCAUAACCGUGCAACUUGAUGCUAAUCGUGCAGCGUGAUGCUAAACAUGCAGUGUGACGCUAAACAUAUAGUGUGAUGCUAAUCAUGCAGCGUGAUGCUAAACGUGCAGCGUGAUGCUGAUCGUGCAGCGCUUCAGUGAUGUAUGGUCGUAGCAUGUUGGAUGUUUAUUUAACACGUGUAAAUAAGAGGAGCAUCGCUCAGUAGAAUUGAAGCAUUUUUAUCACCACUUACUAUAAUAGACUGCAAUAACUUCUUCAUGUCACUUUGUCUUUUGCCUCCAUGUAAAAGAUUUGACUUGUAGUGUGUGAAACACCGUACGAUUGCAGAACAGUGCGUCUGCUCACACUGUACGACUGAAUCGUUUACUCACACACAGUGUGAGCACUAUGAGCUCACACUGUAUGACCUGAUUGUCGAGUAUGACCUGAGAGCUCACAGUGAGCGAGUUAAAACAGGACGGAGCAUUCACAGCUGUGAAUGAAAACUCCCACAGGCUCGCUCGCUCUCACACUAACCGCCGAUAAACACGAGCUAACUAUCAGCUAACUCAAAACAAAUGUUCUGUCUGCUACGUUUCUCUCGAUAUGAGAGGGGGGACAGAUUAAAUAGGCAUACCUGCUGUUGUCAUGGUGACGUCUGUCAGUAAAUGCAGGUAAAAUUGGGACAAAAAAAAAGCACAGAAGUCGGGGAAUCGUCUCAUGGCUCUGCUCUCAGAGUGUGUGCAAUAGUAGUGCACUUGAAGACAAGUCGUAAAUAAAUAAAUCGUGUCUAAAUGGGUCUGAAAUCGUACAGUGUGCAGCGGCUUUAGGCGAUAGGCCAUGUUCAUGAGCCCAUGAAGAGUACUGGUGAAACUUUGUUUUUAUUCACGUGUCCACAUGUUUACAUUAUUAAACUGUAGACUGUUCAUAAAGCUAAUUCAGAGUAGCGUUAGCUCUAAAGCCCAUUGAGAGAGCUGUCCUGUAUCUACAGUCAGCUCUUCAGUUUAGCCAUGAGUGUGUGGACCCGACCUUCCUGCUCAGCGACGCCAUGCAGUGAUUUUCACUUCAGCAGUGUGAUACGGGGCUGUUCAGGUAACUUCUCAGGUUCUUACUUGUAGUUUCUUAUGAACGCUGGGCCACCUGUGACUCUGCUGUAAAAAAUAAAUAAAUAAAUAAAAUGAAAUAAAAAAAGCAGAAUAUGCCAAAAUCUUAGGUGCUGACCUGUUAGCAUAGCAACGAGAAACCAAGCGUCCAGCAGCAGCAGCAGCGUGGAGGACGAGCCCGGGCUGAGGCCGGUCCUAAACAUCAUACCCAUCACUCAGUCUGCUUCAGUUUGGACGCAGUCUGAUUGUUUCCUUUAAUGUCGUCAUUGUUUUGUCCGUCAGUGCUAAUGAAGCGAGCACGACGAUGCCAAGGAUGAGAGAUGGACAUGAGGGCGGGUCGGCAGAGACACUUUACACGUGAGCGAGCCGGGACAGAGCAACACUAAGGCUGUACUGUAAAUCUAAUUUAUUUCUAUAUUCUUCUUUGUGUUUUGUAUAGGGGGAGUGAAUGCUCAAAAGUUGCCGAAAUGUACAGCAAAUAUUUGUACUCUCAUUGUAUUUGACGGCCUUUAAUGCACAAAGUAUUCCUCGACCUGCUGUGUAGUGAGUAGGCGGCGGCGGCGGCUCGGCUGUGGACUGACUUCAUGUAGCUUGUGGUUUUAGCUCAGCGCGUCAUAUUUAGCCUUACAAGAAGACCUUGUUUAGUCUUAAUAUGUUGUUUACAGGAUGUUUAUUGACUGCAUGCAUACCAAUGUGAUCCAUGUUCGGCCUUAUUUAUGUUUCUGUCAUGUGGGCGUUGAUGGACGCUGCUCCGUCUGCCGUGUUGGAUCUGCAGACGCUCCGUGCAGUGGGAGGAGGAGGAGGAGGAGACGUGUGUAAAUAAUGAACAGUGUUGUGUUAUAUUUUCAUACAGAGUGGGAAUUUUGAUCUUGAUUUGGUUGCUUUUUCUUUUUUUUUUGUCUUUCCUGCACUCAUCGUUUGAAAACCAGUGUACAAUGUCCCUUUUUUAUAUAUUCACAUUUUUAUCACCCUUUUGGAAGCUCAUGUGUAAAUAUUUUGUUAAUGAUGUUUUUCAGUUUCUUGAUUGUUUUGCAUGUGCAGACUUUGUGGGCGGAGCUUCAGUGACUAAAGAUGUAGAACACAGGCGACUCGUGGAACUUGAACUUGUGAUGGUUUCCUUUCAUGAUGGAUCUUUUUACAGGAAUAAAGAACGUCUAUUUUCACAGAAA